AUGCUUCUAGAACGGCACAGGCCCAUUAAAAUUGGCAUAAUAUCAGUUUUAGGAGCGAUGAUCACGUUGGGGAAUAUUGCAGUUAUUAUGGUGAUUUCUUCAUCGGUGUCCGGCUGGUCAAGGAACUCUCGAUACUUUUUACUCUCACUCACAGGUGCUGAUUCGGCGUUUGGACUGAUCAUCACGCCCUUGAAUCUGUGCGUCAGUCUUGCGAAAGACUACAGUGAAGGCCCAGACAUCCUCUGUCACAUUGUGGCUUUCUUCAACGCGACGAUCUAUUCGACUUGCAUGUACACACUGGCUACAAUAAGUCUAGAAAGAUACAUAGCAGUGUUUUACCCACUGAAGUACUCAUCAGUGAUGACAAGGAGAAGAACGCUGCUUCUGAUCGCGUUUGCAUGGUGUUUUCCUCCAUUUUUACUUGUGCCCAUAUCUUUUCCUAACGGGAUAAUUGAGGUCCACUUUUCUACAGCGUCACUGGUUUGCAAUCCAUCGUACUCUACUAACGUUGUGUACACUCUAACGUUGACGUGCCUCAUCUUCUUUCCUUGUUCAAUCAUCAUGACUUGCGCAAACCUGCGCCUUUGGUUUGCUGCAAAGAGACAGCGGGUAAAGAUGCGGGCACAACACCUGGGUCGUCACAACAGACCCGACGUAGCCUCCAGGGUGCUUGUCCCUGUAAUGACCGUGUACUACACAUGUUGGACGCCGUGCAUGGCGGCAAUUAUCUAUAAUGCCAUCUCGGGCAACAGAGUUCCAGAGUGGAUGGAGUUUGGGGUGGUGUGGCUGCCAACCUCCAACGGUUUCCUCAACUGCAUCUUCUACUUCUGGAUCAACCGCAGCUUCCGUAGAAAGUUCUGCCUGCUCUUCCAGCGGCUGUGUCUCACAUUGUGCCCAGAUUUGGCCAAGGCCCUGGGCUGCACAGCCAGCUCACAGACUGUAGUUUGGGACAAUAACAACACCCUCCAGGAGCGCUGCUCCAGUGUGUCGUCAACCUGCACCCUGAUCACCCUGGCCAGUGACACCCCCUUCUGA